AUGACUCCCGCAUUUUUUCUUCACGAUUACUAUAAAAAGAUGUUGGAACUUCAAGAAAAAUUACGCAAAAGUGAAGAAGAAAGGAUACGACUUGAAGAAAGAUUUAAUUUGAUGGAACAGGAAUCGCGUGUUAGACAUGAAGCCUGUAUAAAUAAGUUGCGGAUGCGGUAUAUUGAAUUUUUGGAGGAGCAGAGAGUUAGAGAUCUGAGGAAUCAUAAAUUACUGGGUACGCUGGAUAAAGUUGAUACCAGCUUGGCGUUAAUGACCGCUAAAACAGACAGGCUUUAUACGCUUAGAAAAGAGUACGAAGCGUCAAUCCUUCGCGCCCAAGCAAGCCGGCGUCAAGCGGGGAGUGUAACAGGUGACAGUGGAAUCAUAAGCCAACACGAUGACAGAUUAAUGUUAAGAGGAGCCUCGAGUACCCAGGUAGCCUCAAGCUCUCAUUUAGACAAUCUAAAAGCAUACAAUGGACCUCGAGCAACUAGCAGCGUCCCAGGAAACUUCUACAGCUCUUCAAGUACGCCCAAAAAAGCUUACAGCGGUCUUCCAUCGCUUCAAUUCUCCUCCAAAACUCACUUGGACUCCAGCGAGCCUUUUUUGCGAACAAUUCCCUCCGUAGACUACCAAAGAAGCUACGCACCAAAAUCUCUGGCACGGAACCCACAAAUGAAGACAUGGAACGAGGAUUACGCAACUGACUUAACUAAAUUGCGUCGAGAUUUUCGCAAGGAUUCCGGGACGUUUAAGUACCCGGCCCCAGAGAGAUUGACGACGCUAGGAAGCUCCAGGUUGUCUAAUUUAUUGGGCUCUAAAGUCCAAGAGAGCUCGACAAUUCCGCAAUUCCGAGAGAAUGCUGGCAGCAUAGUCGAAAAAGAAUUGGAGAGUUAUAUUAAUAAGAUCCGCAGUCUCCAUGAUAAUAAUAACGAUCAGCACAGUCUGGAGGAGGUCGACCACGAACAGAACACCAGUGGUGAUUUAUUGAAUGUUACACUGUCGGACGACGGGUUUGACCACUUGCCAGCUGAAGAAAAAGCUAAAGGGCAUCUCAAUCUUAAUCUUCACAAGGAAGUCGGUCAAAUUUUGGCACUUGUUGAUGAUCUUGCGGUUAAGACUGCUGAUUUAAAUGAAAAUGCACCAACUGGACUCAAUGCCGUCCAAGAAAUUAAAACACUUUGUACUAAUCAAUCAGAAUUAAUGAACGAGACACUUAUUGAGCCUAAAGUGCACUCAGCUGUGACGGAAGAAGCUUCCGGGUUAAUUGCUGACGGAAUUAAUGGUAAUUUCAAUACUGAGUUGAGCGACAAGGAUCAAAAUAAAGAAGUUGAAGCUGAAGUAGUUAAGAUAGUUGAUUCUGAUAAAAAAGAGGAACUAAAUACGGAAAUUCUUGUUGGUCUGGAGCAAGAGGUUGAUAAUGAUAAUUUACAGGAGACUGGUGAAUUAGAGCCCUGGAAUUCGGAGAAUUUGGAGAAACAAGUCAAAGUGAUUGAUGAUUUGGAUAUAAAUGAUGAUAAUUUGGAAUUAAAGACCGAGUUGGUGAGUAAUGACGAUGAAAUAUUGCAGACCGCUUUGGUUAAUGAAAUUCCAGUUGUAAAUCCAGAUGCUGAAGUGAGUAAUGACAGUGCUGUCGCAGCUGAGAAUGUUUACGACCAAAAUUACACAGUUGGUGAGCAGAAUUACCCAGAAGAAAAUUAUGAGGAGAAUAAAGAGUAUACAGAGCAAGUUUAUGAGUAUGAAAAUCAGGAGUAUCAGUAUGAUCCAAAUACUGGAGAGUAUCAGUACCCUUAUGACCCGAAUCAGGAGUACCAGGACCAACAGGACCAACAGGACCAACAGUACGCUGAAGAAACGAAUCAGGAGUACCAGAACCAGGAGCAGUAUGCUGAAGAUCCGAAUCAGGAGUAUCAGUAUCCUGAAGGGUAUACUGAACAAAAUUAUGAUACUAAUUAUGAGUAUCCGGGUGAGCAGUAUGAAGGCUAUGAUCAGGAGCAGCAACAGCUGAAUCAGGAGGAUUUAAUUCAAGCUGAUCCUGUAGGUCCUGUUGAUGUUGAUCCUGUUGAUCUUGUUGGAGCAGAAGAAGAUAAUAAUUAUCAAGAAGAUUUGAUAAGUAAAGCUUCUGAUCAAGAAUCUCCGAUAGAUUCUAGCAAGAAAGAUAAAGACGAAGUUAAUGGCCGCGCGAAAAAAACUAAAGACACUAUCAGGGCGAUUCUUGAAUCUGACACUGAAAGCACGAUGGAGAAAAAUACUUCUAAUACGGAGAGUGACUUUGAUUUUAAAUAG